UCCUCUUCUCUGUACGGGUAUUCAUCACUGUGUGAAACCACUAGAGCUCUGCAAGAUGUGUCUAGGGAGCAGAUGGUGAUACAAGACCGAACUUUCAGGAAACUGCAGGGACUCGUGUCGGCCAAUCGUAGUGCACAGCGCUCGGGCACCCACUGACUGCUGCCGGUGACACUCGCACAUUGUUAAGUGUGCAGAAUGGAUGUGCAGGGUCGACUGGAUAUUUCCAAUCGAGACCCCCAGGAUGUGUACGAGCUGAUACACCGGCUGGGUAGCGGGAGCUAUGGGGAAGUUUAUAAGACAAGAAACAAGGUGAGCGGGGAGCUGGCUGCAGUGAAAAUUGUCAAGGAGGAGUCUGAAGAAGACUUCUCUGUUAUCCAGCAGGAGGUUAUCAUGCUGAAGAGCUGCGCUCACAAAAACAUAGUGACAUACUAUGGAAGCUACAUGAGGGCAAAGAAGUUGUGGAUUUGCAUGGAGUUCUGUGGAGGAGGUUCUCUGCAAGACAUAUAUCAAGUUACAGGAGCACUGUCUGAGCUACAAGUUGCUUACGUGUGUAGAGAAACCCUUCAAGGUUUAUCCUACCUUCAUAACCAAGGGAAGAUGCACAGGGACAUUAAGGGAGCCAAUAUUCUUCUAAAUGACAGUGGAGAUGUUAAAUUGGCUGAUUUUGGAAUUUCCGCUCAGCUCACAGCAACUUUUGCUAGAAGGAAUUCCUUUAUUGGCACUCCUUAUUGGAUGGCUCCAGAAGUGGCCGCGGUUGAACUGAAAGGAGGAUACACAGAACUAUGUGAUGUCUGGUCUCUGGGAAUCACGGCCAUUGAGCUUACUGAGCUACAACCACCUAUGUUUCAUGUACAUCCCUUGAGGGUUCUCUUCUUAAUGUCUAAAAGUGGUUAUCAACCCCCUAAAUUGAAGGAUAAGUCAAAGUGGUCUGCUGCAUUUCACAACUUUAUCAAGGUAGCAUUAACUAAAAACCCCAAGAAGAGACCAAGUGCGUCCAAGUUGCUCACGCAUCAGUUCGUCGCCCAGACAGGACUUGGUCCUUUUCUUACGAUGGAAUUGUUGGAAAAACUGAGAAAUCCAGAAAAAAAUAAUGAAACUUCAAAUGCGGAAGAAGAGGAUGACAUGGAGUUCCUAUCAACCUUUUCGCGAAUCCUCUCGAAAAAACGUCUCCCGAAAGUUGGACGUUCAUCAUCAGACAUCCAGUUGAAUAAGAUCAACUUAAAUCACCCUCCAAAAGCGAAAAUGGAAGGACCAAGUGUUCCAAAGGCUGACCUAGAACCUAGUCAAGCUCAGAGCACUGCCAGUACAGCUCCAUAUAUCAGUUUCUGUUCUGAUGAAGAUGAUGACUAUGAUGAUGUUGACAUACCCGGCAGCAUGGAUCUCUACAGCGGCUCAUCUCCUGAGGAUUCUCCUCCUCCAUUACCUCCUAAGCCCAGAUUUCGCACUUCUUCUGCUGAUAUAAAGAGAGAUCAGGACAGACUGCACACUCCCACCACUCUGGUCAGGUGCUACAGCGGGCCAAGUGUACCAAGAAGUCCAGCUCAGGCCUCGCCAGAGAGCUUGAGAAACCAGUUACCUGCUGCCAGUUCCGAACCGUCCCUCUUAGUGCAAGAUCUUAUGAAAAAACUGCCUCCAUCUUUGCCCCCAAAGAAAGGAAGAAUACAAGCAAAACAGACUGACUUCCAACUGAAGAAAAUCUUUAAUGGAUGUCCCUUAAAAAUUCAUUCGGCAACGACCUGGGGUCAUUCAACCUCAAAAGAUAUACAUGUGAUACUGGGAACCGAGCAAGGAAUCUUCACCUUAAACCGCUCAGAGUCACAGCCAUCUCUAGACCUACUAUUUCCGGGUCGGACAACAUGGGUCUACUCUAUCAACAACGUACUGAUGUCCAUCACGGGUAAAGUCCCCCAACUAUACUCCCACAGCCUUGUGACUCUCCAUGAGCAAAUUCGGAGAGAGUGUCGUUUGGGUCAUAUUCCUACGCAUAGACUCCUGCUCAGGAAGAAAUCUGCAACCAGCAAAAUACCAGACACUAAGGGCUGCAAAAGUUGUUGUGUGGCUCACAACGACACAUCAGGCAGCUGGUUCCUUUGUGCCGCUCUGGAGGCCUCAGUAAUUUUGUUGGAAUGGUAUCAACCUCUUGAAAAGUUCAUGUUGCUAAAGCACUUUGACUUCCCCUUGCCAUGCCCCUUGAAGAUAUUUGAAAUGUUGGUGCUGCCAGGAGAACAGUACCCAGUAGUGUGUAUUGGGGUUAGCAAGGAGUCAUCUCCUCAUGGCAAAAUUCAUUUUCGGACCAUCAACCUCAAUUCACUGACCUCCUGGUUCACAGACCACAGAGACGAGGACCCAUGGACAGGUCCAGUGCAGGUUACGCAGAUUGGAUAUGAUCAAGUCUUGGUACUCACAGAGAAUACACUAAAUUUCGUGAACCAUAGAGGAGAAUCACAGCAUUCAGUUUGUCUUCCUACUUUUUCUUUCCCAGUAGACUCCAUAGCUCUUUCUGGAGACUAUGUCCUGGUUUUAAGGAACAGAGGCUUCCAGGUACGGAAAUUGCAGUCAUCAGAGGUUCUGGUUGACUGUUCAGAUCGCAGUUUACGCUUGUUGUCUUCAGACAGAAGAAAGAUCAUAGUGGAGGCUCCACAGGCUGACAACAGCAACACAAACUUAUACAUCCAUGAAUGUUAACCUUCCAAUGGACAAGAUAAUAAUCCUCAUCUACUGGAUCCCUAAGUACUAAUCCAGGAUCUUCUGUACCCGACCCCUUCAUGCUGCACACCUGCUGGGAAGGAGCUGGGAACCCAUGAGGGUAUGUUCACAUGGGCAAAACCUGAUGCUCGUCUGUAGAAAACGGGCAUUUUCUGCUGCAUAAUGCACAUUCAAAAAGCCAUCGGCAACUUUCCAUCGACCACCAAAAAAAGACCAGCUGAUGAUUUUGCCACUGAUCUACCACUGAUUUUUCUGCUGUGAAUUUUGCCAUGUGAACCUUGCCUAGAAAGACAUUACUUGUUGUGACCCCCUUGUAAGACAUGGUUCUUCGGAUAAGGACUGGAAUCUGUAUUAUUAUAUAAGCUUUGCAUAUUGGCACUGCUGUGGCAGUAUUGUGGGAGAUACUGUCUGAAUGUCUAUGCAGUAAAACUGUCUCAUGCACUUUUAAUAUGUUUGUUGUACUUCUGUGGUUCUGGUCAGAAUGUGGACACCUAAUAAAAUUACAACGAUAUCUCAUAUUAAAAAA